AUGGCAGCCAUUGAGGUCAUCACGUCCCAGGAGAGGGAGGUUGUCAUCAAACGGGCGAACGGUGAGACGACCACCACUACAAUCCGGGUGUGGAAUGAAACGGUCUCCAACCUCACCCUCAUGGCCUUAGGAUCGUCCGCCCCUGAGAUUAUGCUCUCUGUCAUUGAGGUGUGUGGACAUGAUUUCCAAUCUGGCGAGCUCGGGCCUGCCACCAUUGUUGGCAGCGCAGCGUUCAACAUGUUUGUCAUCAUUGGCCUCUGUGUUUCCGUCAUUCCCCAAGGAGAGGUACGCAAGGUCAAACACCUCCGGGUUUUCUUUGUCACUGCAGGCUGGAGUAUCUUCGCUUACAUCUGGCUCUACAUGAUACUGGCUGUGUUUUCUCCCAAUGUAGUCCAGGUCUGGGAGGGUCUACUCACACUGGCUUUCUUCCCCAUAUGUGUACUCCUCGCCUGGGUGGCGGACAGACGACUGCUGUUCUUUAGGUUCAUGCACAAGAAGUAUCGCACUGACAAACACAGGGCGGUCAUCAUCGAGACGGAGGCUGAGCGCUCCAAGGGGAUCGAGAUGGACGGCAAGCUGGUCAACUCUCACUACAUGGACGGGGGUGCGGUGAGCAAUAUGAUCGGUUUGAUUGAGGGUAAAGAGGUGGACGACUCCCGGCGAGACAUGAUCCGCAUCCUGAAAGAUCUGAAGCAGAAGCACCCAGAGAAAGAGAUGGAUCAGCUGGUUGAGAUGGCCAACUACUACGCUCUGUCGCACCAGCAAAAGAGCCGCGCCUUCUACCGCAUCCAGGCCACACGUAUGAUGACGGGCGCCGGAAACAUCCUGAAGAAACACGUCGCGGAACAGGCGAAGAAGUGCACGAGUGUGCAGGAGGUGCACGUGGAGGAGCCAGACGAGUAUGUGUCCCGGAUCGCUUUCGACCCUGCCGUCUACCAGUGCCUGGAGAACUGUGGCGCCGCCAUUCUGACCAUCACCAGAAAGGGUGGCGACAUCAACAAGACGAUCUACGUGGAUUACAAGACCGAGGACGGGUCAGCUAACGCUGGGGCCGACUACGAGUUCACAGAGGGAACAAUGGUAUUCAAACCAGGGGAGAUGUUCAAGGAAAUAAGCGUUGGCAUCAUAGACGACGACAUCUUUGAAGAGGACGAGCACUUUUUUGUGCGCCUCGGUAAUCUGCGUGUCCUGGAGACCGAGGACGAGCUGCUGUCCCCCAACAGUCUCCCCUACCCGAAGGCCAUGCUGGGCUUCCCCACCGUGGCCACUGUGACCAUCCUGGAUGACGACCAUUCGGGCAUCUUCACCUUUGAGAGCAGCUCGGUGCACAUCAGUGAAAGCGUCGGCAUUAUGGAACUGAAGGUGCUGAGGACCUCUGGAGCGAGGGGGACGAUCAUUGUGCCUUAUCGCACCUUGGAGGGACUUGCCAAAGGAGGCGGCGAGGACUUCGAAGACACGUACGGGGAGCUGGAGUUCAAAAACGACGAGACGUGGUAAGACAGCAUCUCUGUUUCUCUCAUGGUUGUGGCUUUUCAUCAAGAUCAGAGCCCCUCUCAGCUGGCAGGGUCUGUGCUGCAGGGUCUGUGCUGCAGGGUCUGUGCUGCAGGGUCUGUGCUGCAGGGUGAGUAUUCCUGA